UGAGUAGAAAGCACUAGAAGCGAGGGCGUCACAUAUAUUAUAUAUAUAUAUUCAGCUCCAUAACUGAGAGAGAAUACUAGAGAGAACUCACGCUUUGCUUGGUUUUUAGGGUUUCACGGCCUCCCUUUUCCAUUUUUAGCCAAUAUGAGUCGUCAUCCUGAGGUGAAGUGGGCCCAGAGUGUGAACGAGGUUUACAUUACAGUGCUAUUGCCAGAUGCCAAAAAUGCAAAGGUUGAUCUUGAGCCAGAAGGAGUUUUCACCUUCUCUGCCAGUGCGGGAGUGGGUGACAACGUUUAUGAGCUGAAGUUGAAUCUUUUUGAUAAGGUUAAUGUAGAGGAAAGCAAAAUAAAUAUAGGAGUAAGGAGUAUAUUCUGCAUUGUGGAGAAGGCAGAGAAAGUGUGGUGGAAGAGGCUGCUACGUGAAGAUGGCAAGGCUCCACAUUUUAUUAAAGUAGAUUGGGACAAAUGGGUGGAUGAAGACGAGGAUAAGGGUGGUAAUGAUUUGGAUGUGGGAGGAAUGGACUUCUCGAAAUUUGGUGGCAUGGAAGGCAUGGGAGGCAUGGGAGGCAUGGGAGGCCUGGGAGGCAUGGGAGGCAUGGAAGGCCUGGGUGGCCUGGGAGGCCUGGGAGGCAUGGGAGGCAUGGGAGGCCUGGGAGGCAUGGGAGGCAUGGGAGGCCUGGGAGGCCUCGGAGGCAUGGAAGGCAUGGGUGAUGAUGGAAUGGGUGACUUUGAUGAUAGUGAUGAUGAAGAGCAAGAAGUUUCAAAGCCAGACAAUGAGAAGCCGGAAGGAGAUGAGAAGACUGAAAAAGCCGAUGCUGUUAAGAGCGAAGAGAGAAAAGAAGCUGCUCCAAGCACAUAGUAAUGUUUGUGGUGGUUGAGAAUCUCUAUUAACUAUGGCUUUGAGUAUGUGAGGGUGAAAUUGUCAGUCUCUAUGACUGUAUCAAUGGGUGUUGUUUGCUCUAACGGAGUUGAUGUUACUGAUCUUCAAAUUCGCACAAUAUAUUGUGUUGGCUAAGAGCAUUAAUUUGUGUUACAGACAGGCAAAUACUAUUUUUACUUGAACUAGGAUGUUUAGCAA